UGCAACAAACACCCACCCUCCUACUGUAGAACCGAGCCAAGGAAUUCCUACUCGAGUCUCGACGGAGACAAGCUUGCUCCUUUUUCCUCUCCAGAUCCCCCACCUCCGCUCCAUUCCAUUCCACCGCCCCCACCAUUCCUCUCACUUCUCACUCGCCCACCGCGUCCCCCGCCCCGCAAAUCCGCAAUUCGCACGGCUGAUCCCGCCGCCGGCCACAUUUGGGGGCCGCCGUGCCCGCGAAUCGCGCAGCCAUGCUCCAGAAGUUCGCGCUCGCGUUCAAGACCAAGACCAUCGAGUUCUUCGCCGAGGAGGACGAGGAGGACGAGUACGCUGCGCCGGGGGAGGGCGGCGUCCUCGCUGGCCAGCGGGUGUUCGUGCUCAAACGCGACCCGCACAACCCUAGCCCUGCCGGCGGGGAGCGGGAGAACGGGUCGGCGUCCGGGGAAGAGGCCGCCGCCGCCGCCGCCGCGGCGCUCGCGACCGUCUCCUCCUUCCAGGCGGCGUACCUGCACCUGCAGGCGGCGCACACGCCGUUCCUGCCGGAGGCGGCGGCGGCCGCCGACGCCCUCGCGGUCUCGCACCUCCGGCGCCUGUCCGAGCUGAAGCGGCUGGCGUCGGGGGGCGCGCCGGCGGACGACGGGUCCCUCGCGCUCACGGCCCACCUCGAGGACCAGGUCCGCGAGAACCAGGCGCUGCUGCGGUCCUUCGACGCCGUGGUGAACCGCCUCCAGGCCGCGCUGGACGCCAAGGACGCCGCGGCCGCCUCCCUGCGCUGGGAGCACGCCGCGCUGGCGGACGGCAACGCGCGCCUCGCCGGCCGCCUCGACCGCGCCCUCGCGCCGCAGCCGGGCGCCGGCGGCGGCGACGCCCUGGGCGCCAUGCUCUCCGCCAGCGUCUUCGAUUCCGUCCUGCGCGACGCGCUCCGCGUCGCGCACCGCUUCACCCGCGCGCUCGCGGACCUCCUCAGGUGCGCCGGAUGGGACCUGGCGGACGCCGCGGCGGCCGCCUACCCCGGGAUUGCCUACUCCAAGCAAGGCCACUGCCGCUACGCGCUCCUCUCCCGCGUCUGCCUGUCCAUGUUCGACGGAUUCGACUCCUACCAAUUCGGUGGCAGAACUGAUGCUUCAGCCCUUGAAGGAAUCGAGCUCGCUAUCCGUAGGAAUGAAUCAUUGCAGCAAUUCAUCGAGCACUCUGAUGCAGACCCCAUGGAGCUCAUGAGCUCAAGCCCAGACUGCCAGUUCGCCCAAUUCUGUGAUCGGAAGUACAAGCAGCUCAUCCAUCCAGGCUUGGAGUCCUCCUUGUUUGGGAAUUCAGACUGCGGGGCGUUGCCGGUGAUGGCUACUGUCGGUCCACUCUACGAGAUGUUCAUCACAAUGGCAAGCUCAAUAUGGACGCUCCACAGACUGGCGUGGGCGUAUGACCCUGCAGUCGGCAUAUUCCAGGUGAGCCGGGGUGCCGAGUACUCGUCGGUGUACAUGGAGAGCAUCGUGCGGCCGAAGGCGUUUUCGGCGAGCAAAGAGGUCGGGAAGACGGUGCGGCCCAAGGUCGGGUUCACGGUGGUGCCCGGCUUCCGGCUCGGCGGGACGGUGAUCCAAUGUAGGGUGUACCUUGAGUCCUAGACUCCAUGGAGGUUUGGGAAACAAAAGGUAUUAUAGAUUCAACUGAAAUGAAACAGUAUAGUCAAAAGAAACUGUACAUUUGUGAAACAAAGGGAGGUUUGUGUAAAGGCAACCAAAGAUCGGCAUGCCUAAGAUAACCUCUCAGAAUCAAAGUUGCUGCUCAUGAGGAGUAGAAAGAAAGCUAUUUAUCUUUUUUGUGUUCUAGUUUUGGGCUGUGUAGAAGUGAGUGUUCGUGAUGUUGUAGUGUUGUACAGAGGUCCUGAGAUUCAGAGAGUUUGUGGUCUAACACUGUCAAAGAGUACUUAUAUAAUCUUGGGUAAUUUA